AUGGCGGCACCGCACGUUCCUACGCCUGGAAGUACACCAGCCGGUGGAAACCCCUACUCAACGCCGGAUGAAGGCACGCGUGGCGUUGGCGGACAAGAGAGCGACAGAGGUUUUGGGGGCUCACUAUUGAACUCUGUUCUUGGCAGCAACAAGCAGAGCUCCUCUUCCGGAGGACUGGGAGGUUUGGCCCAAUCCUUCCUGGGUGGCUCGUCAUCUUCACAUGGUGGCUCGAAUCAGCAAGGCCACUCCAGUUCUGGAGGACUUGGAGGAUUGGCACAGUCAUUCUUGGGUGGACAGCAGGGUGGACAGCACGGGGGACAACAUGGGCAGUCAGGACAUUCCUCCAGCGGCGGAGGCCUUGGACAACUAGGCUCAAUGGCUAGCAGCUUCUUGGGCGGUGGCAAGAAUAAGCCACAAAGUGGAGGAUCAAAUCCAUAUGGAUACUCGCAGAACCAGUCUUCAGGCACAUACACCGGCUCUGCCCCAGCAGCUUCGUACCAGCCAUCAGGAUCUCACAUGGGAUCUCAUAGCACCACUCCAGCUGCAUACAGCCAGCACGCCAGUGGCCACAGCACGCCAAGUCACCAACAGCAGCACCAGCCUCAACAUCAGCCAGGCGCUCCGCAGGGCCAGUACGGUCCAUCCAGUGGCGCUUACAAUCCACAAGGCCAACAAGGCUAUGGCCAGCAGCAGCACCCUUCGCCUUAUGGACAGCCACAGCACAGCCAACAUGGCACUCCUCACAAUGCCCCGUAUGGCCAGCAGCAUCAGCCUCCGCAACAGCAGUACGGACAGUCGCAUGGAGGAGGUUACGGAGCACCUCAAGGUUACGAUCAACGACCAAGCGGUUAUGGCUACCAACAGCAAGGAGGUCCUCCACAUGACCAGCAAGGUCAGUAUCAGGCAUAUGGACAGCCGCAGCAGGGCGGUUAUGGCGGGCAGCCGCAGCAAGGAGGGUAUGGUCAUCAGCAACAUCAAGCUCCGCCUCCGAACCCGGGAUGGAGGUAA